ACACGAAUGUAUGUGUGCGUGUAUAUAUGUGCGUUACUAUGAGCGAAUCUAUAAGACUCGGCCUGUCAUUUUUUCAUUUGAGGUGAGCAUGCGACAGAUCUACUGCAUUCUCUGACGUAAGAUCCUCCAUGUGGCUAGGUGGAUAUAAAACUUGUGAAAAGUUGGAGUUGCAUCAUGCCGAAUUAAAGAUUCCAAUGUAUAUCUUGUAUAGUUUCUACAAUCAUGGUGUAGACAAGGGAUCAUUAAGGCAAUAAAAUGCCUGCCAUGCAAAUUAAUAAUGGGACAGCACUUUGCUAGUCUCAGAGACUUCUUUAGAAUGGAUAGUGAAAGACAGCCUACUGAGAUAUGCGCUAACGCGCUCAGCCACCCAUUGCCCUUGGAUAUGGUGAAUCGAGAUGGCAAUGAAAGUUUGCCCGAUAACGAGACUAAUGGCAAUGUACCUGUAACGAACCCUAAUAUACUGCCGAAUAGACCAGAAUGUAAACUAGAAGGGAAUUUGGACAACGAUCGUUUAAACUUAGAUGUAGACAACCAUAAUUCUAGAUUUGAAUCUUUGUAUAGUCAACCUGUUGAAACUCAGGAUACAAAGCAAGUUUGUAACAAUGGUAAUGUUACGAGCGAGCCAUCAUUUAGACAACAGCAGGAAGCAUGCUGUAGUAGUUCUGGUGGUAGCAACAGUAGUAGCAGUUCUGAAGAUAGUCCUGUAAAUCCACCUUUAAGAAGAUCCUCUAAAACUUUGUCAUUUGGGAAGAGAAAAAAUAAACAGCGCAACAAAGAUCAAAGCCCAAUAUGUAAUCACGUUUUAUCAUCGAAAAAGAAACGUAGCAACUGGGUAUUGAAAUUUAAUUGCGCCAAGAGCAAAAGCUCAAAAAAUACUGACAUUAUUCCCGGCCAAGGGAAUGGUAAUUCGGAUUGUAUAUGCACCGGUUAUAGGAGAACAGAGGAGCAUCCUAUGGGUGCGGGUAUCGUGUUUAAUAGUCGAUCCGCUCCGCAAAGUCCCGUUCUCGGGCCUUUGCCACCGAGUCCCGUAAUUGAUUUAUCGCGAUUUAACCCCGAAGAAUUUCCUAUGGAAGAUUGUGACGAACGUGCUCGAAUGCAACGCGCACGAGAGAUGGAGGAAGGCGUUGAGCCUCCUCCCGGUUAUAGGCCUAAUUAUCCUACAGGUAUACAAGUUCAUCCCAACGGAAUAACGGUGGACAGUUUAGCGGCAUUGUUCCAAGCACAUGCCGGUAUCCAAGCUGCCGCUCUUACAGCCUUAUCCCAAAUCGACUUUACAUUAAUUCCAAAUAUCGAAAGACCUGCACACACGCAAGUCGAUUAUGUCCAUUGUCUGGUGCCAGACUUAAGGUCGAUUACAGCCUGUUCUUUCUAUUGGGGUAAGAUGGAUCGUUACGAAGCGGAACGUUUAUUGGAAGGCAAGCAAGAGGGUACUUUCUUGCUGCGAGAUUCCGCGCAGGAAGAAUUUUUGUUUUCCGUGAGUUUCCGUAAAUAUGGACGCUCGUUACAUGCCCGGAUUGAGCAAUGGAAUCAUAAGUUUAGUUUUGAUUCACAUGAUCCAGGAGUUUAUGCUUCCGAAACAGUAUGCGGUUUAAUCGAACAUUAUAAGGAUCCCUCAUGUUGUAUGUUUUUCGAGCCCAUGCUCACUAUCCCGUUACAUCGGAAUUUCGCAUUUCCGCUACAGCACCUGUGCAGAGCGGUGAUAACUACGCGAACAACGUACGAUGGCAUAAAUAAGCUGCAGUUGCCAAAGACACUUAAGAGCUAUCUCAAAGAGUAUCACUAUAAACAGAGAGUACGAGUCAGACGAUUAGACACAGAAAAUGAUUCACACACGGACUGUAGAUCCAUAUCAUGUUUACCGAUAUGAAUCUCUUCGUAUUAAUAUUCGAUAGAAUUUUAUUAUAUGUUGCAUAAUUAUGUUUCUUUACCUAUAUUUACAGAGUUGUACUGCCGUAUCAAAUACGAGCGGUACAUGCAUAUAACAUUGUAAUAUCAGGAAUAUCAUCACUCUGACACACAAUUAUACAAAAUAUCAUUGCAAUAUUAGCAAUAAAAGAAUUGUAUUCGUCUUAAGCGAUACUAGAUACUGGGGGAGAUGGCGUAGUAUAAUU